AGGAUUAGACUCGAGUCCAGAGCCUGCUUUUUUAACCUCGUCACUGUUGUCAUACUGACGGUGGCAGCGGGGGAAACUCCUGAGCCAAAGUUUCCCUGCCUCCACCUCUCUUCCCUCCCAUGCUCCCUCUGCUCAUCCAUCCAUGCAGCCACCACUGUGUUCUACAGGGACCCAACAGCAUCCAGGAACUAUGUGCUGCUGAGGACCUGAGCCGGAGCUCAGACCAGACCAGUCCUCCUCUGGUGCAGCCCGUUAAUGGACUUGAGAUAAAGCGGUUCUGGAUUUGUAUCAGUGUUUGCAGCGGUCGCUUUACAAAUGUCAACAUUGGGCUUAAAGAACCAUAGAAAGUAGCCCACCAUGCUUUUGAAGUCAGGACUGUUCUUCACUUUGUGUCUUCUCACCGUCUAUGCGAGUCAAAGUGGAGACCUUCGAGGACAUAGUUUUCCUGGACUCCGGGAUGUGAAGCACAGACACUUCCUGGAAUCCCCUCGACCGAUCCGACGCAACGCAGACGUCGGAGCAGAGCGCGAGCGGCAUCGGGUCAAGAGGUCGGAACUGUUCACCACCGGGGUCAAAGUGUGUCCGCAGGAGACGAUGAAGGCGAUCGUCGGCAGCCACCGAGCCUACUACAAGCUCAGAGUGUGUCAGGAAGCCAUCUGGGAGGCGUUUCGGAUCUUCUUGGACAGGGUCCCAAACUCAGACGAGUACAGAGCGUGGGUCUACACCUGCCAGCACCAGAACCUCUGCAUGGACGACCUGGCCCAGAACUUCAGCAGCUCUCAGGAACAUCUGGAGAUGGUGGCCAGAAGAGUGGCUGAGCAGCAUGAAAGUGAAGGAGCUGUCAGUGGAAGCCCAGAGCCAGGCAGAGAGUGCUCCUGGACGCCGCCUCUGAUUCUGCUUCCGACUGAGACCGACGAGAACAAAGAGAAACCCGACGUUAUAAAAGACGACUCUCGGGAAUACAUCGUGGAGUUCAGCGUCAGCGUCGUGGACCCGACGUACAGCAGGCUGCUCGGCGAGCCCGAGGAUCCCCACUACAGCGACUUCACGCGAGAGCUCGCAGACAAGAUGCUUCAUGUGUUUGAGAAAAUUCCAGGAUUCAAAGAGAUCCGUGUUCUGGGAGUUCAUUCGGAGGACGUGUCCGUGCGCUGCGCCGUGGUCUUUAAUGGAGAGACGGAGCUCAGUGACGACCCCGCGGGUCUCGGGGAGCCCGGGGUUGAACUAGACGAGGACGUAAACGCUCCCAAACUGAAGAACAUCAUUGUAAAGGCCUUAAAACAGGAGCCGUCACUGCUGCUGGACAUACACACACUCAGCUUUGAGGCUGUAACCACUAUUUAUCCAGAUUCUGAGCUUGGGAUGAACUCAUUGGAGACCAUAGUUUCUGAGGACAACACCUCAAAGACUCCAGAAGAGGACAACAUGCCCAUUUCUGGUUUCUUCCCCUCGAUGGCAGUGAAAGAAAACCUUCUGGAAGCGUCUGCGGUCGCACCAGAAGCGCACACAUUUGAGCCUUUCAUUCCAAACACCCUGCAAGAAGCCACUCCUGUCGUCAGUCAUUCAGAGAUUCAUGUCACGGCAGCAGAGGAGGAGGAAUCCACAGGCGGCAGCGCUCAAGAGGCCGGCGACGUCGGCACUCCGACGUCAUUGACUGAAACUGCUGCAGAGCGAGAGGCAGAAUCAGAGGUGGAGGAGACGCCGCCGCCUCAACAAUACAAGGGAGAUGAGGCUGAUCCUGGAGAACAGGUGACAAAUGAACUCGAACCGGUUGAUCCUGAGCGACAGGAUGAGCACGGUCCCUCUGCAGAUCCAGAAUCCCAGUCUGGAGAAGUGAUGAGCGACAGAGCAGAUGUACCUCAGUCCACAGAUCAUGCCAAGACCGAAACGCCGUCAUCUCAUGGAGAUCCAGUCCAAAGCACUGACGCAGAGGCAGAUGUGGAGCUUGUGCCGUCCCCUGUAGAGAGCGGUGAAGAGUCUCAUGGAGGCCAGAGUGGAACAAGCCCGCUCUCCACUAACUAUCCCUCUGAGAACUCGGAUGUCGACGAGGACGUCGGAGCAGAUCGGAGCAGAGCAGAAGAGGCGGAAGUGACCAGACGCCUGGAGGAAGAGAUCGGCAGUGGACUCUCCUCUGAGUCUGACCAGCGUCCACGUGAAUCCACAGCCGCACCGGCCCUGAGGCGAGGCGGCACCCCUCUGAUGACUGCGGUGGGCAAGAGCAAAGAGUUAGUGGUUUUCUUUAGCUUGAGGGUCACAAACAUGAUGUUUUCUGAUGACCUGUUCAACAAGACCUCCCCGGAAUAUAAGUCCCUGGAGAAUACCUUUCUUGAGCUGACACAGCACUCUGGCUCCAGGAAGUCGCCAAACCCUGGAGCUUCCAGUAAAUCUGCGCCUAAGCGACAGACGACUUUAGCCUCCAUACCGCUUUUGCCAUAUCUUCAGUCCAACUUGACUGGAUUCAAACAGCUGGAGAUCCUCAAUUUCAGGAAUGGCAGCGUUGUGGUGAACAGCAAGAUGAAACUGGACAAACCAGUACCUUACAACGUCACAGAGGCUGUGCACUGCGUGCUCGAAGACUUCUGCAAUGCGGCGUCUAAGCGGCUCGACAUUGAGAUCGACAGUCGCUCUUUGGAAGUAGAACCAGCCGACCAAGGCGACCCCUGUAAGUUCCUGGCCUGCAACGAGUUUUCCCGCUGUGUGGUCAACAGCUGGACGGACGAGGCCCAGUGUCUGUGUGACCCGGGCUACAGCGCCGCGGACGGCCUGCCGUGUCAGAGCACCUGCUCUCUGCGGCCCGAUUAUUGCCUGAACGGAGGCCUGUGUGAAAUAAUCCCGGGGCACGGAGCCACAUGCAGAUGUCCUGUAGGCAAAUACUGGCACUACCAUGGAGAGCGCUGUAACGAGCUGGUAUCGAUGCCAGUGGACCCUCCACUAAUUAUAACCUGCCUCGUGGGGAGUCUCUGCUUUGUUUGUGCCAUCAUUGGCGUUUUGAUAUUCAUUAACAAGAAAUGCAUUAAGACGAGGAAGGCUGUGACUUUGGUGCACACCCUCGCUCCCUAUGCCUUUGAGAACACUUUGAGGGUGAACCCAGUGUUUGAGAACGAUGACGGUGUUUUAACUCAAGUGACCACGUUGCCGUGUCCUUCGAGUUCCGCCUCCUCCCGGUCCCAACAGUCUGAGCAGGAACAUUUAGCCUCAAUUGAGAAUAUACAUCUGAGUAUUGAGAUCCCCAGACAACUCUACACAACAAGACCAGAAAAGUUAGUCUCGGAAAUUGUGGACUUUCAUCAUUUCAUACCACACAAUGAGCUCUAUGAUGCAGUAAAAGACGUGGUCCCUGCCAAAUGACGACGGGACAUGUUGUCUUUUACGGAUGCCAGAUAAUGAAGGAUUUGAAGUAUGAAUUAUUUGAUCACAGCGAGAGAAGGAGGAGAAGCGAACAUGGCGACAAAGAGCAAGAAGAUUCUACUGUCUAUAGGAUGCAGGUACAAUAGACCAUUGGUCGGGAUUAUUCGUUCAUAUUAAGGACAGUAUUUUUUAGACAGGGAUGUUAUGGUGGACUUGGGUUGUCUUAAAGUGGUAACCUAAAUAUUUAUUUCAUAUAUUAUUAUAUAGUAGGGACAUUUCCUGUUUACCCUUGGCAAAAGGUUGUUGUAUUUUUCCCUCACACUGAGGUAUUUAUUAUUCACAUACUGAUACACGUGGCGGUAUCUUGACGUUAGACUUUACGAGGCUCUUUUAAUGCUCUCCUCGACGUUGUUGUUUCCCAAAAAGAGAAUGAAUGUAUGAGCUGCUGUUGGUCAUGACAUAUUGUGUAUAGAAAUACCGUACACUAUCUACCACUAUUCAAAACAGCUCCCGCUGAUCUUGUGAGAUUUUCUUUUUUACACAUUUUCCAUUUAAAAAACAAACAAUUAUAUGUUUUUGCAUAAAAAAAAA